CAGUCUCAGUCGCAUCCACGCCGCCGCCGCCGUCGCACCGUCGGCACCGUCUCGUGUCGCUCGCCCGCCCUCACACCCGCCCACCUGACAGCCUCCUCGCGGCCACGCCCAGCCGCCUCAAGCCUGGCGCGCGUGAGUCUUCCUUGACUGAUGGGCACUACACGCGGGCCGUAGCUCUUACACGUCUGACAGGCAUCGUUCAGCCACGCGGCAGCGAGGAUAUACUUUACUCGGCUACACGUGAAGAUGCGGGACUCAGCGGGAGGGAAGGUGGCUCCCCCGUGAAGCAUCCGUCCCGCUGGUGGUGGCUCGCCGCCCCCGCCGCGGCAGGAGUGUCAGUGAUUGCCGUGCCCGAGGAAUACUGGCACGAGUGUGGUGGUGCAUAAAAUUAUCAGUAUUAUGAUCACUAUUUCGUGAAUCCUGUUCAAGUGAAGUCCUGAUGUAUGUUACUGUGAAGUGUGAAUCAGUGCGUCAUGGGUAAUGUAGAAGGCAAGGUGGCAGGGCGGAGGCAUGUGGAGCCGCCCUACUGCACCUCGCGGCCCCUCCCGCCCCUGCCCACCGACGAAGACGUGGAGGCGAUAGACGACGACGACCUUGACUCGCCGCCUCCGUACCCGCCGCCGCCGCCGCCGGGGGAUGAACACAAGCGGUACUCGUGGCGGUUCAGGGACUCCGCCGUCUUUGGCCCGAGCGAGAACAAGAGACGUUCGUGGCUACGCAGCUUCACCAACGGAGGCGAGAAGACGAAGGGCAAGUUGGCUAAAGACGGUAAGGAUGUCAAUGAUGUUCAAGGUAACACAGGUGCAGGUGGCAGGGAAGGCUCCGGCGUCCCGGGAUUUAAAGUGGAGACUAAAAUCGACAACACUAAACCGAGUAGCGAGACGACUCGCCUAUACUCGUAUAGAAUCACGACUAACGACACGACUGGGGACUUGAAUGGAGGCUCGAGUCCCCCGACCUGGCAGAUACGAGACGGCAAGCUUGUCAGCGCCAGCAAGAAUGUAGUGAAGGCAGAGGACGGCGGCGCCCCUGGCUACAGCCUCCUUCACGAAUGCACGAGGCCGGACGAGCGGGCAGACCUCUCCCCCAUCGAGAUCAGUGCCACUUCUAAUAUGAAUCAAGACCUGAAGAAUGUAAUUGAAGAGCUCCGUGGAGACACACAAGUAGAGACCAAGACCAAUGUGGAGACUGUCUCAGACGGGCGGGGGGGCGUGGUGACCGUCACCACCACAAAGUCAGUGUCCUCACACGUCACUGUCAGCGGACCGAACAUGAACACUUUUGAUCACAACGACUCUCUCAGUAAGCUGGAGGCUGAGCUGAGUGCCCUCCUGUCUCCGGGCACGGAUCCCCGCGAUAGACAAGUCUUACCUAGGAUUAAUGGCACAGAGUUAGGUGCGCACACCUCCCUCUCCGCCGCUGGGGGCGCGGGGCUACAGAACAACGGGGGGGUGAAGGGCAGUGCGCGCGGUAAUGACACAUACAAUGUAUCUGUUUCCUCUAAUCUUCCAUUACCUGACUUACAAGAGUUUUCUGGCAAGGCUGCUCCCCUGCUGCCUGACGUGGUGAAGGAUGACGGGGUUGGGGGGUCGGUGGGGGUGGCAGGGAAGGGGCCUGGAGCGCUUGGCUUGUCCGCUGGCGCGCCGCCCAAAAUGGAAAUCACAAGCAAUUUACCUUCCGGGAAAGCUGAAGUUGACUUAAAUUAUCACAUUGACGAACCAUGGCUCGAUAUUGAUGAUGAGAGAGGUGUACCAGCCAUUGACGACGGCGCCCGACUUAGGUUGAAAGGCGAUUCCUUAGGCAUGUCUGGUCCUGAGGUGGCCGUGGACACCGGCGGCAUAAGUGGGCCCAGUGGAGGCGCUCAGGUUAGUGGUAAGAAACCCUCAGUACCAAAAAAGAAAAAAAACACUGCCGGUCCUUGUUCCUGCCUCAACACACCGUCCAAACUAGAAGCAGAGGAACCGUACGUCUCGGCUGACGUGCAAGGGCCAGGCGCCGGGGUGGAAACCGCUGCGGCCGCGGCCGUUGAGACAGAGCCUGGAAAAGGCACCGCAUGUGUAGAUGCUUCACUUACUGCAGAUGCUGGAAACUCAGAGGUAAAAAAGAAGCCACCCAAAGCAAAAUUAGGGUCGUGUUUUGGAAAACCUAAACAGCCAAAAUCGAGUAUUGAAGGUGAUGUUGUAGAACCCAAAGCCGGAGGGGAUAUUUCUAGUCUUGAGGGGCCUGAAAUAAAGGCUGAGGUGAGUGCCGAUAUGCCCAGUGCAAAUGUCAAGCCGGACAAACACACGAAAAAGAAAAAUGCGAAACUGUCGUCGUGUUUUGGCAAGCCAAAGGAGCCUAAAUCUAAUAUCUCUUUCGAGUCUUCUCAUCCCGGAGGAAAAAUAGAGCUUCCUGCGGCGAAAGGAAAACUUGACGUGGAAACAACGACACCUGAAGUCGAGGUGCAGGUGCCGAGAGGUGAACUGGACCUUGGGGAAAGGAAGGUUGCAGCUGACACAGAGUUGUCACUGACAGCUAAAGUGCCGUCCGUUCCCAGAGUACAAGCUACUGUAGAGGGAAAAGCUGCUGUCCCAGAUUUGGAUUUAGACAUAAAAGCUACCACUUCGCCGACAUUGGAUAUGAAAAGUCAAUAUGGCAUUCAAGCUAACUUGCCCAAUCUUGACACAGACAGAAUGGAUCAUGCAUUUGGAGUGCAAGGCGAAGCAGUCAAGAUGGACAUGCCCGCAGCCAGUAUAAACACUGGAAUAGACACAUCAGGAGACAUGGUGUCGCCUUCAUUGAAAUUUGAUGCUAGACAACCGAGUAUCGAUUUCCCAACACUAGAGCUUAGCAAGGCAGCAGGCGUGGCUCCAGAAGUGGACAUAGACGCAGGCAUAAACUACAAGUUGAAAGGAAGCACACCGGACGUACAAGUCAAGGGAUUACAUGACAUUGGAAGACCGGAUAUAAGAGGGGAAUUUAAACCUGGCAAAGUUGAUGUUGAUCUUCCUGAAGCGAGUGCAGAGGCCAGCAUUGCUGGUCCUGAAGCAAAGGCCGGAAUCAGUGUAGAGGCGCCAGAGGUAAAGGUGAAGGCAGAGAAGCCUAAGGCCAAGGCUAAAUUUGGGUCCUGUUUCGGAAAGCCCAAGUCACCAAAAGUUGAAGGCGAAUAUAAGCCAGGUAAGGCUGAAGUGGAGCUUCCUGAAGCAGAGAUCAAGGGAGGCAUUGAAGCCCCUGAGGCAAAGGCCGACAUUGAUAUUGACUCCCCAGAGGUAAAGGUUGAAGGCGGAGUGUCUCCUCCUGCGGUGUCAGUUGAGUCCCCAGAGGUGAAGGUAAAGGGCGGGAAAGGAAAGGGGAAGUUCGGCUCCUGCUUUGGCAAGCCGAAGACUCCUGAUGUAGAGGGCGAGUAUAAGCCAGGAAAGGCAGAACUAGAGGGUCCCGACGUGUCGGCCGGUGUGAGUGUUGCUGGUCCGGAUGUCAAAGGGGAAGUGAGCGUACAACCACCAGACGUGAAGGCAAAGGUCGAUAAAAAGCCAAAAGCUAAACUGGGAUCUUGCUUUGGAAAGCCAAAGGCACCGAAGGUAGAGGGUGAGUAUGAGCCUGGAAAGGUAGAGGUCGAUGUUCCUGAAGUCAGCGCCGAAGCGAGCGUCAAAACACCUGAAGGGAAGGCUGAGUUUGACGCUGAAGCACCAGACGUUAAAGUGAAGGGCGGGAAAGGUGUUGGAAAGCCCAAGAUGAAGCUAGGAUCAUGCUUCGGAAAACCCAAGACUCCUAAGGUAGAGGCAGCUUACCAGCCACCUGAAGUCAGUGCUGAAUUAAAGGUUCCUAAAGCCGAAAUUGACGUCCCAGAGUUGGGAGGCGAAAUCGAGGUUGAUGCUCCAAAAGCCUCCGUCAAUGUGGAUCUGCCCGAAGUUCCCAAACUGAAAGGAGACCUAGACCUAAAUAUUGACGUCCCGAAGGCAGAGCCAUCCUUUAAGAUUGAAGGUGACAUCCCUGACCUGCCAAAGGUCGAAGCCAAGCUCGGAGGUAGAGCCGAGCUUCCCGAAGUCGAAGUUGAAGGAAAGCUUCCUUCACUCCCUGAUAUGAAAGCAAACAUUGAUGCUGGUGGAGCGUUGCCAGAGGUGAAGCUUGAGGGAGAGCUCCCUCAAGGAGACGUGAAGGUUGACGUCGACGCCAAGUUGCCCAGCGUCUCUGGAGAAAUCAAAGGACCAAAAUUUUCUUUGCCUGAGUUGUCAGCACCCAAAGUAGAAGGAGAAAUUAAGGGUGAGUUACCGACCGUUGAGAUUCCUGAAGCCGAAGUGUCACUGCCAUCUGUUCCUUCAGCCGAAAUAAAGGCGGAGGUUGAAGCCCCUAAAAUAUCUGGAGAGGUUGAGCCGCUAAAGGUGAAAGGGAAGAAGCCCAAGAUGGCUCCAUGUGCUUGUUUCGGAGGGCCAAAGAAGGGGAAGCUGGAAGAGCCGUACGUAUCAGCUGGCGCCGAAAUCAAGGCUCCUACUGAAGGGAAGGGCAUAGACGUUGGUGUUGAAGGUAAAGUUGACCCCGAAUUAAAGGUAGAAGGUGAUAUUCCCUCAGCAAGUGUGUCCGUCGGUGUUCCUAAAGGGGAGGCCCAAGUUGAGGUAGAAGCCCCGAAAGUGAAGGUGAAAGGAGAUAAGCCGAAGGCCAAGUUUGGGUCGUGCUUCGGAAAGCCUAAAAGCCCUGAAGUAGAAGCGGAAUAUAAACCUGGCAAAGUUGAUGUUGAUCUUCCUGAAGCGAGUGCAGAGGCCAGCAUUGCUGGUCCUGAAGCAAAGGCCGGAGUCAGUGUAGAGGCGCCAGAGGUAAAGGUGAAGGCAGAGAAGCCUAAGGCCAAGGCUAAAUUUGGGUCCUGUUUCGGAAAGCCCAAGUCACCAAAAGUUGAAGGCGAAUAUAAGCCAGGUAAGGCUGAAGUGGAGCUUCCUGAAGCAGAGAUCAAGGGAGGCAUUGAAGCCCCUGAGGCAAAGGCCGACAUUGAUAUUGAAUCCCCAGAGGUAAAGGUUAAAGGCGGAGUGUCUCCUCCUGCGGUGUCAGUUGAGUCCCCAGAGGUGAAGGUAAAGGGCGGGAAAGGAAAAGGGAAGUUCGGCUCCUGCUUUGGCAAGCCGAAGACUCCUGAUGUAGAGGGCGAGUAUAAGCCAGGAAAGGCAGAACUAGAGGGUCCCGACGUGUCGGCCGGUGUGAGUGUUGCUGGUCCGGAUGUCAAAGGGGAAGUGAGCGUACAACCACCAGACGUGAAGGCAAAGGUCGAUAAAAAGCCAAAAGCUAAACUGGGAUCUUGCUUUGGAAAGCCAAAGGCACCGAAGGUAGAGGGUGAGUAUGAGCCUGGAAAGGUAGAGGUCGAUGUUCCUGAAGUCAGCGCCGAAGCGAGCGUCAAAACACCUGAAGGGAAGGCUGAGUUUGACGCUGAAGCACCAGACGUUAAAGUGAAGGGCGGGAAAGGUGUUGGAAAGCCCAAGAUGAAGCUAGGAUCAUGCUUCGGAAAACCCAAGACUCCUAAGGUAGAGGCAGCUUACCAGCCACCUGAAGUCAGUGCUGAAUUAAAGGUUCCUAAAGCCGAAAUUGACGUUCCAGAGUUGGGAGGCGAAAUCGAGGUUGAUGCUCCAAAAGCCUCCGUCAAUGUGGAUCUGCCCGAAGUUCCCAAACUGAAAGGAGACCUAGACCUAAAUAUUGACGUCCCGAAGGCAGAGCCAUCCUUUAAGAUUGAAGGUGACAUCCCUGACCUGCCAAAGGUCGAAGCCAAGCUCGGAGGUAGAGCCGAGCUUCCCGAAGUCGAAGUUGAAGGAAAGCUUCCUUCACUCCCUGAUGUGAAAGCAAACAUUGAUGCUGGUGGAGCGUUGCCAGAGGUGAAGCUUGAGGGAGAGCUCCCUCAAGGAGACGUGAAGGUUGACGUCGACGCCAAGUUGCCCAGCGUCUCUGGAGAAAUCAAAGGACCAGAAUUUUCUUUGCCUGAGUUGUCAGCACCCAAAGUAGAAGGAGAAAUUAAGGGUGAGUUACCGACCGUUGAGAUUCCUGAAGCCGAAGUGUCACUGCCAUCUGUUCCUUCAGCCGAAAUAAAGGCGGAGGUUGAAGCCCCUAAAAUAUCUGGAGAGGUUGAGCCGCUAAAGGUGAAAGGGAAGAAGCCCAAGAUGGCUCCAUGUGCUUGUUUCGGAGGGCCAAAGAAGGGGAAGCUGGAAGAGCCGUACGUAUCAGCUGGCGCCGAAAUCAAGGCUCCUAUUGAAGGGAAGGGGAUAGACGUUGGUGUUGAAGCUAAAGUUGACCCCGAAUUGAAGUUAGAAGGUGAUAUUCCCUCAGCAAGUGUAUCCGUCGGUGUUCCUAAAGGGGAGGCCCAAGUUGAGGUAGAAGCCCCGAAAGUGAAGGUGAAAGGAGAUAAGCCGAAGGCCAAGUUUGGGUCGUGCUUCGGAAAGCCUAAAAGCCCUGAAGUAGAAGCGGAAUAUAAACCUGGCAAAGUUGAUGUUGAUCUUCCUGAAGCGAGUGCAGAGGCCAGCAUUGCUGGUCCUGAAGCAAAGGCCGGAGUCAGUGUAGAGGCGCCAGAGGUAAAGGUGAAGGCAGAGAAGCCUAAGGCCAAGGCUAAAUUUGGGUCCUGUUUCGGAAAGCCCAAGUCACCAAAAGUUGAAGGCGAAUAUAAGCCAGGUAAGGCUGAAGUGGAGCUUCCUGAAGCAGAGAUCAAGGUAGGCAUUGAAGCCCCUGAGGCAAAGGCCGACAUUGAUAUUGACUCCCCAGAGGUAAAGGUUGAAGGCGGAGUGUCUCCUCCUGCGGUGUCAGUUGAGUCCCCAGAGGUGAAGGUAAAGGGCGGGAAAGGAAAGGGGAAGUUCGGCUCCUGCUUUGGCAAGCCGAAGACUCCUGAUGUAGAGGGCGAGUAUAAGCCAGGAAAGGCAGAACUAGAGGGUCCCGACGUGUCGGCCGGUGUGAGUGUUGCUGGUCCGGAUGUCAAAGGGGAAGUGAGCGUACAACCACCAGACGUGAAGGCAAAGGUCGAUAAAAAGCCAAAAGCUAAACUGGGAUCUUGCUUUGGAAAGCCAAAGGCACCGAAGGUAGAGGGUGAGUAUGAGCCUGGAAAGGUAGAGGUCGAUGUUCCUGAAGUCAGCGCCGAAGCGAGCGUCAAAACACCUGAAGGGAAGGCUGAGUUUGACGCUGAAGCACCAGACGUUAAAGUGAAGGGCGGGAAAGGUGUUGGAAAGCCCAAGAUGAAGCUAGGAUCAUGCUUCGGAAAACCCAAGACUCCUAAGGUAGAGGCAGCUUACCAGCCACCUGAAGUCAGUGCUGAAUUAAAGGUUCCUAAAGCCGAAAUUGACGUCCCAGAGUUGGGAGGCGAAAUCGAGGUUGAUGCUCCAAAAGCCUCCGUCAAUGUGGAUCUGCCCGAAGUUCCCAAACUGAAAGGAGACCUAGACCUAAAUAUUGACGUCCCGAAGGCAGAGCCAUCCUUUAAGAUUGAAGGUGACAUCCCUGACCUGCCAAAGGUCGAAGCCAAGCUCGGAGGUAGAGCCGAGCUUCCCGAAGUCGAAGUUGAAGGAAAGCUUCCUUCACUCCCUGAUGUGAAAGCAAAUAUUGAUGCUGGUGGAGCGUUGCCGGAGGUGAAGCUUGAGGGAAAGCUCCCUCAAGGAGACGUGAAGGUUGACGUCGACGCCAAGUUGCCCAGCGUCUCUGGAGAAAUUAAAGGACCAGCAUUUUCUUUGCCUGAGUUGUCAGCACCCAAAGUAGAAGGAGAAAUUAAGGGUGAAUUGCCAUCAGUUGCAGGAAGUGUGCCAUCAAUCCCAGAGAUUGAGGAUGACCUUCCGCAAUGUGAACUAGAUGUUGGUGUGACGACUCCGGAGGUAGCAAUGGAAUCUCCGGAUGUCGAUGUGAAAGGACGCAAAGGAAAAGCAGGUUUAGGAUCUUGCUUUGGGAAACCAAAAACUUCUAAAAUGGAGGGCGAAUAUAAGCCAGGAAAGGUUGAAGCAGAGCUCCCCGAAACAGAGAUCAAGGGAGACGUACGAGCUCCUGAGGCAAAGGCAGAUCUAGAUAUUGAAUCCCCCGACGCAAAGGUGAAAGGCGGGGUGUCAGCUGAGUCCCCAGAGAUGAAGGUAAAGGGUGGGAAAGGAAAGGCCAAGUUCGGCUCCUGCUUUAGCAAGCCGAAGACUCCUGACAUAGAGGGAGAGUAUAAGCCUGGGAAGGCAGAACUAGAGGGCCCCGACGUGUCGGCCGAUGUGAGUGUUGCUGGUCCGGAUGUCAAAGGGGAAGUCAGCGUACAACCACCAGACGUGAAGGCAAAGACCGAUAAAAAGCCAAAAGUUAAACUGGGCUCUUGUUUCGGAAAGCCAAAGGCACCGGAGAUAGAGGCGAAAGUCACUGGAACUUUGCCUGAGUGCAAUGCAGAAGCUGGCAUGCAGGCUGCGGUCCCCGAUGUUCUCAUUGGAACUGGAAAAUUGGAACUUAAGAAUGAUGUCCCAGAGAUGAAUGCUAACAUUCCAGGAAUAAAAGUUGAUGUCCCAAGAUAUGGAGGGAAAUUGGACUUAAAGUCUGAUGUUCCAGAGGUGACGGCUGAUAUCCCAGGAUUUGGAGGAAAAUUGGACUUUAAGGCUGAUGUCCCAGAGGUGAAGGGUGACGUCCCUGGAUUUGGAGGAAAAUUGAACUUUAAGGCUGAUGUCCCAGAGGUGAAGGCUGAUAUUCCAGGAUUUGGAGGAAAAUUGGACUUUAAGGCUGAUGUCCCAGAGGUGAAGGCUGAUGUCCCAGGAUUUGGAGGAAAAUUGGACUUUAAGGCUGAUGUCCCAGAGGUGAAGGCUGAUGUCCCAGGAUUUGGAGGAAAAUUGAACUUUAAGGCUGAUGUCCCCGAAGUGAAGGCUGAUAUCCCAGAAUUUGGAGGAAAAUUGGACUUUAAGACUGAUGUCCCAGAGGUGAAGGCUGAUAUCCCAAGAUUUGGAGGAAAAUUGGACUUUAAGGCUGAUGUCCCAGAGGUGAAGGCUGAUAUCCCAGGAUUUGGAGGAAAAUUGGACUUUAAGGCUGAUGUCCCAGAGGUGAAGGCUGAUGUCCCAGGAUUUGGUGGAAAAUUGGACUAUAAGGCUGAUGUCCCAGAGGUGAAGGCUGAUGUCCCAGGAUUUGGCGGAAAAUUGAACUUUAAGGCUGAUGUCCCAGAGGUGAAGGCUGAUAUCCCAGGAUUUGGAGGAAAAUUGGACUUUAAGGCUGAUGUCCCAGAGAUGAAGGCUGAUAUCCCAGGAUUUGGCGGUAAAUUGGACUUCAAGGCUGAUGUCCCAGAGGUGAGGGCUGAUAUCCCAGGAUUUGGCGGAAAAUUAGACUUUAAGGCUGAUGUCCCAAAGGUGAAAGCUGAUGUCCCAGGAUUUGGCGGAAAAUUGGACUUUAAGGCUGAUGUUCCAGAGGUGAAGGCUGAUAUCCCAGGAUAUGGUGGAAAAUUGGACUAUAAGGCUGAUGUCCCAGGAUUUGGCGGAAAAUUGGACUUUAAGGCUGAUGUCCCAGAGGUGAAGGCUGAUAUCCCAGGAUUUGGAGGAAAAUUGGACUUUAAGGCUGAUGUCCCAGAGGUGAAGGCUGAUAUCCCAGGAUUUGGUGGAAAAUUGGACUUUAAGGCUGAUGUCCCAGAGGUGAAGGCUGAUAUCCCAGGAUUUGGCGGAAAAUUGGACUUUAAGGCUGAUGUCCCAAAGGUGAAGGCUGAUGUCCCAGGAUUUGGCGGAAAAUUAGACUUUAAGGCUGAUGUCCCAGAGGUGAAGGCUGAUAUCCCAGGAUUUGGUGGAAAAUUGGACUUUAAGGCUGAUGUCCCAGAGGUGAAGGCUGAUAUCCCAGGAUUUGGUGGAAAAUUGGACUUUAAGGCUGAUGUCCCAGGAUUUGGAGGAAAAUUGGACUUUAAGGCUGAUGUCCCAGAGGUGAAGGCUGAUAUCCCAGGAUUUGGAGGAAAUUUGGAUUAUAAGGCUGAUGUCCCAGCGGUGAAGGCUGAUAUCCCAGGAUUUGGUGGAAAAUUGGACUUUAAGGCUGAUGUCCCAGAGGUGAAGGCUGAUGUCCCAGGAUUUGGAGGAAAAUUGGACUUUAAGGCUGAUGUCCCAGAGGUGAAGGCUGAUGUCCCAGGAUUUGGAGGAAAAUUGGACUUUAAGGCUGAUGUCCCAGAGGUGAAGGCUGAUGUCCCAGGAUUUGGAGGAAAAUUGGACUUUAAGGCUGAUGUCCCAGAGGUGAAGGCUGAUGUCCCAGGAUUUGGAGGAAAAUUGGACUUUAAGGCUGAUGUCCCAGAGGUGAAGGCUGAUAUCCCAGGAUUUGGUGGAAAAUUGGACUUUAAGGCUGAUGUCCCAGAGGUGAAGGCUGAUGUCCCAGGAUUUGGAGGAAAAUUGGACUUUAAGGCUGAUGUCCCAGAGGUGAAGGCUGAUAUCCCAGGAUUUGGAGGAAAAUUGGACUUUAAAGCUGAUGUCCCAGAGGUGAAGGCUGAUGUCCCAGGAUUUGGAGGAAAAUUAGACUUUAAAGCUGAUGUCCCAGAGGUGAAGGCUGAUGUCCCAGGAUUUGGAGGAAAAUUGGACUUUAAGGCUGAUGUCCCAGAGGUGAAGGCUGAUGUCCCAGGAUUUGGAGGAAAAUUGGACUUUAAGGCUGAUGUCCCAGAGGUGAAGGCUGAUGUCCCAGGAUUUGGAGGAAAAUUGGACUUUAAGGCUGAUGUCCCAGAGGUGAAGGCUGAUGUCCCAGGAUUUGGAGGAAAAUUCGACUUUAAGGCUGAUGUCCCAGAGGUGAAGGCUGAUGUCCCAGGAUUUGGAGGAAAAUUGGACUUUAAGGCUGAUGUCCCAGAGGUGAAGGCUGAUGUCCCAGGAUUUGGAGGAAAAUUGGACUUUAAGGCUGAUGUCCCAGAGGUGAAGGCUGAUGUCCCAGGAUUUGGAGGAAAAUUGGACUUUAAGGCUGAUGUCCCAGAGGUGAAGGCUGAUGUCCCAGGAUUUGGAGGAAAAUUGGACUUUAAGGCUGAUGUCCCAGAGGUGAAGGCUGAUAUCCCAGGAUUUGGUGGAAAAUUGGACUUUAAGGCUGAUGUCCCAGAGGUGAAGGCUGAUGUCCCAGGAUUUGGAGGAAAAUUGGACUUUAAGGCUGAUGUCCCAGAGGUGAAGGCUGAUGUCCCAGGAUUUGGAGGAAAAUUGGACUUUAAGGCUGAUGUCCCAGAGGUGAAGGCUGAUGUCCCAGGAUUUGGAGGAAAAUUGGACUUUAAGGCUGAUGUCCCAGAGGUGAAGGCUGAUGUCCCAGGAUUUGGAGGAAAAUUGGACUUUAAGGCUGAUGUCCCAGAGGUGAAGGCUGAUGUCCCAGGAUUUGGAGGAAAAUUGGACUUUAAGGCUGAUGUCCCAGAGGUGAAGGCUGAUGUUCCAGGAUUUGGAGGAAAAUUGGACUUUAAGGCUGAUGUCCCAGAGGUGAAGGCUGAUAUCCCAGGAUUUGGCGGAAAAUUGGACUUUAAGGCUGAUGUCCCAGAGGUGAAGGCUGAUGUCCCAGGAUUUGGAGGAAAAUUGGACUUUAAGGCUGAUGUCCCAGAGGUGAAGGCUGACAUCCCAGGAUUUGGCGGAAAAUUGAACUUUAAGGCUGAUGUCCCAGAGGUGAAGGCUGACAUCCCAGGAUUUGGCGGAAAAUUGGACUAUAAGGCUGAUGUCCCAAAGGUGAAGGCUGAUAUCCCAGGAUUUGGCGGAAAAUUGGACUAUAAAGCUGAUGUCCCAGAGGUGAAGGUUGAUGUCCCUGGAUUUGGAGGAGAAUUGGACUUUAAGGCUGAUGUCCCAAAGGUGAAGGCUGAUGUCCCAGGAUUUGGAGGAAAAUUGGACUUUAAGGCUGAUGUCCCAGAGGUGAAGGCUGAUAUCCCAGGAUUUGGCGGAAAAUUGGACUUUAUGGCUGAUGUCCCAGAGGUGAAGGCUGACAUCCCAGGAUUUGGCGGAAAAUUGAACUUUAAGGCUGAUGUCCCAGAGGUGAAGGCUGACAUCCCAGGAUUUGGCGGAAAAUUGGACUAUAAGGCUGAUGUCCCAAAGGUGAAGGCUGAUAUCCCAGGAUUUGGCGGAAAAUUGGACUAUAAAGCUGAUGUCCCAGAGGUGAAGGUUGAUGUCCCUGGAUUUGGAGGAGAAUUGGACUUUAAGGCUGAUGUCCCAAAGGUGAAGGCUGAUGUCCCAGGAUUUGGAGGAAAAUUGGACUUUAAAGCUGAUGUCCCAGAGGUGAAGGCUGAUGUCCCAGGAUUUGGAGGAAAAUUGGACUAUAAGGCUGAUGUCCCAGGAUUUGGAGGAAAAUUGGACUAUAAGGCUGAUGUCCCAGGAUUUGGAGGAAAAUUGGACUUUAAGGCUGAUGUCCCAGAUGUGAAGGUUGAUAUUCCAGGAUUUGGAGGAAAAUUGGACUUUAAGGCCGAUGUCCCAGAGGUGAAAGCUGAUAUUCCAGGAUUUGGAGGAAAAUUGGACUUUAAGGCUGAUGUCCCAGAUGUGAAGACUGAUAUCCCAGGAUUUGGUGGAAAGUUGGACUUUAAGGCUGAUGUCCCAGAUGUGAAGACUGAUAUCCCAGGAUAUGGCGGAAAGUUGGACUUUAAGGCUGAUGUCCCAGAGGUGAAGGCUGAUGUCCCUGGAUUUGGAGGAAAAUUGGACUUUAAGGCUGAUGUCCCAGAGGUGAAGGCUGAUAUCCCAGGAUUUGGAGGAAAAUUGGACUUUAAGCCUGAUGUCCCAGAGGUGAAGGCUGAUAUCCCAGGAUUUGGUGAAAAAUUGGACUUUAAGGCUGAUAUCCCAGAGGUGAAGGCUGCUGUCCCAGGAUUUGGAGGAAAAUUGGACUUUAAGGCUGAUGUCCCAGAGGUGAAGGCUGAUAUCCCAGGAUUUGGCGGAAAAUUGGACUUUAAGGCUGAUGUCCCAAAGGUGAAGGCUGAUAUCCCAGGAUUUGGUGGAAAAUUGGACUUUAAGGCUGAUGUCCCAGAAGUGAAGACUGACGUGCCAGAGAUGAAGGCUGAUAUCCCAGGGUGUGGAAGCUCAGCUGAGAUUAGACACAGAAUUGCCGGGAGUGUCCGUCAGUGGAACAAGUGA